AUGAGGGUUUUUUUACGAUAUGUGGGUGAUCCAGGAUUUCAAAUUGGCAUAGGAGACGGUAUUGGUGUCCAUCAAUCUACGGUAUCCCGAACCGUUACCAACGUUAUAACACGCAUUGUGCAGAAGUCGAAUAUUUGGAUUAGAUUCCCAACCUCAUGUGAAGAUCUACACAAUGCUAAAAAUAAGUGGCAAGAAAAGUUCAAUUUUCCUUCAACUAUUGGUGCUAUCGACUGCACCGAUAUACCUAUUAUGAAGCCGUUUAUUCAUGCAGACGAAUAA